GCGUGAAAAAUGUGACGUGGCCGUUUCAUUUGUGUACCAAAACACAGACGGCGCAGCAGCUGGAUGCUUGGAAUUACUUGAGCACCGGAUGAGUGUGUGUUGGCUGUGUGAUUUAGGUUGUAUGAUUAGACUUUGCAACGGGAAGCCGUACUUGAAGGGGUAGCUUAAACGGAACUCAGCUGGACCACAUUUGCUCGCCAGUUGACUUUUUAAAAAUACGGAUCCACAGUUGCAUUCAUAAUUCGUCGAGGGGUCGUCGAGCAGGCCAUAGUGAACAGACAGGACUGACUGCGCAGACAUGGCGGAGGGAGGCUUUGACCCGUGCGAGUGCAUCUGUUCCCAUGAACACGCCAUGAGGAGACUGAUCAACCUGCUGAGGCAGUCCCAGUCUUACUGCACGGACACGGAGUGCCUUCAAGACAUGCCGGGCCCCAGUUCCUCCGCAGCCUCGGACCUGACCGUGCCCAUGAUCAUGCUGGCCUGGGUGGUGCUGGCCCUUGUCCUCUUCCUCCUUAGACCAGCCAGCAUGCGGGGCCCCGGGGCCACAGGAAAACCAGCCAGCCCACACAACAACCGUGACAGAGAGCCACCCGCCCCGCCCGUGGACUAGCCCUGGAGCUGGACAUCUGAGUUCCAAACGGCCAAGGUUUUGACGUGACCCGAUCAGCUACUGUGACUCGGAUGUUCUCCUUCACCACCUCAAUUCGUUUCAGUUCUCUCACAUACUGCUUGUCUGUAUUCAGUUGUCUGUUUUUUUUUUUUUUUUUUUUUUCUCCCCCCCCCCCCCCCCCACAGGUAAAGUGGGUCUCACAGUAGAUCGCUGCGUUCGGAGGGCAUGUUUGGAACCGAGUGAUUUGUUCCAGGUGUCCUCUGUGCUACUGCAGCUGAAUUCGGACUUUUCAGAAAAUGAUUGUGUCCACAACCAGUCGGGUGGAAGGGGAAGAGAGACGCCAAAUCUAAAUCGGUCCUUUUAUGGCAUGGGCGGCUCAAACUCAACAUUCCAUGAAGGUGUUAAUGUUAUCGCUUACUCGCUGACUUCUUAAAUAAUCUUGUGUUUGGACUGCAGCUGAAUACUGUGCUGGAAAUGAAGGUGAGAUGCAAAACAAAUGUGCAAUUGAAAAAAAAAUAGAAUAAUAAAAACUCAGUUUGAAUGUCCCUUCAGUGGCCAAAACCCCCCCCCCCCCCCCCCCAAUUAGUUUUUAUUGGGCAGAGUCAGGCUGAUUUCUAAAUGACGUCUGUUGUGAAAUGGAAAGAUUAAAGCUUGCUUCUAGCUGGGCUCGGUUUGUGGUUCCAGGGUUAAGUUGUUGGCUUUAUGUUGUCGCGGCAGUUGGAGGGUUGACAGCUGUAUUUAUCUGGUUGCCUUACAUUGCAUUUGCCAUGUGAAACCAGAAGGGCGUUCUUGAGUGCCGUGCUUCUAAUAAGUGGGCUAAAAUAACAUCGUGUACAGUCACAUCUUGUGUGACUGGUGUCCAAGGCAAACAAGAUCCAUACCUGCCCAAUGUCUCCAUACUUCAUAGGCUCUGUACAUAGACUCUAAAGGCUGAGCUUCACCAUGCGAUAGGGCAAAUAAUUCAUAAAUGGUUAUAUCUGAAAUGAUUAAUGGUCACAAUCUAUAUUGAUAUAUACAGUACCUCUAUUUGGGCAUCCAUGAUGUUUACUCAGUGCCUUGCCUGAAUUUGGUCAUGCUGCUGGUUACAUUGCUAACUGCAAUUGUGUCCUAUUUGAAAAGGUUUCACCUGCAGGAAACCCAAUGUUGCCCGUAAUAGCAAGUAUCGGUACUCAUUGUGUGACAUUACGGAUAUCUAUCAUUUUCAUUGCUUGAACUUAAGUCCAGGCACAUUCUUUACUAGAUCAAAGUGGCUUCUUUGCCAGGAUCUUGUUUCCCUCAGAAAUCUUAGCGUAAUGCAUUUGUGCUUUAAAGAUUAAUUAAAAUGCGCCCCCCUCCCUUUUCCUCCAAUAUUGCAGCCAUCACAAUUCAAAUUCUGUCGGUAAGGUCAUUUUUUCUGCCCAAACAUGCACCUUGUUUUAUGCAUAUAGUGUAAUAGUUCUGUCUUUGUGUCGGGUUAAGUUUGUGCUUUAGGCCGUGAUUGGUGUAUUGUGCAGUAGGUUUAACAUUGGGGUCCGGCUGCAAAAAAACUGCAGAUGUUCAGCUUCUCUGUUUAAGAACGGUUGCUCUGACCCUAUUAUCUGUAAUGACUUCUAUUGGGCCCAUGAAGAGCAGAGGGAGAACACCUAACACAAUAGUUUUUUUUUUUUGUAUUGUGUGUGCACACGCAUUUAGAAAAAACUUUAUUCAGACAGAGGGGGUAAAAGAUAAAGGACUACAUCGGAGAAAGUGUCAUGGCGGGAAUCGAACCGCUGCUCGUGUGGGAGGAUUCGCAUACCGCUCGAGUCGACCACCCUAUGGACUACGUCACUUGGUGAAGCGGCAGUUUUUUUUUUUUUGUUUUUUUGUAACCAAUGUAACCAGUUUGCGGCAGUGCCAGUUGUGAAGUUGAAAUUAUGCCAGUAAAAACAUUGACCUGGUAUUGCGACAGACAUGCCCUUUCACGCUGUUUUUCUUUGAGGAGAGUUCUGACGAAUCUGGUGUCUUCAUUCUUUUCCCUAUACAGGCACUUAAAAGAAGGCUUGGGUAUGAACUGGCCAAAUUUGUGGACUUCUUUCACUGUAGUUUUAGUGCCAUUUAAACUGUCCCUUAACACUGUACUGAGUGAUUAAAAAGAGCGAUAAAGGGCUUCAACUAUGCACUUUUCUUAACUUUGAAUAAAUAUAAGUAAUACAGUU